AUGGCCGCCGCCCUCCUCUCCCUCUCCGCCGCCUCCCCUGCCACCGCUUCUCCGCGGGUUCCUUCGUCGCAGUUCAAGGUGCAGUCUUUUCUCCAGCUACCCACAUUACAGUGCUCCUUUCUUUCACUUUGUCCUCAGCUUCCCCCUCUUCACAUUCUCAAUUUCGUUCUGACGCAGGGGAACGUGGUCCGCCUCCGACCUGGCUACUUGUCUCUGUUCCCUUCCUCAGCUUCAAAUCAACUUCGGCUGGCGCAGAGGAGGCCUGUCGUACCGUUCAGAGUCUCUGCCGCGGCUUCCUCACCUGCAGCAUCCUCGUCUUCUUCCACUGGGCGUUUCAGACUCGACAAUCUAGGUCCACAGCCCGGGUCUCGGAAGAAGGGCAAGCGAAAGGGGAGAGGAUAUGCCGCUGGGCAGGGAGGUAGCUGCGGGUUCGGAAUGAGGGGGCAGAAGUCGCGGUCUGGUCCUGGAGUGCGGAGGGGUUUCGAGGGCGGGCAGAUGCCGCUCUACCGUCGCAUUCCCAAGCUCCGCGGAAUUGCAGGAGGUACCGAUUUCUUUCUUUUCUUCUCUCGUCCUGAUAAGUAGCUAAGCUCUGAUGAACGAAUUACGCUCAUACGCUUGAAAUUUUCUCUCGGGUAGAGAAUUGAGGACUUCGUUUAAGUCUUACCUCGCAGAUAAUUUUUAGGAUCUUAGACUGGUGUCUUCCAUGAGUUGCAGAAUUAUUUUUUUUCCAAUAAUUAAAGGUGAAAAAGUAGUGUAUGAGGUUUUGCAUCUGAAGGGAAGCUGCAAUGUCGGAUCAAUAGUUUAUGGUCAUCAGGAAUCAAGGAAUAUCACCAGGAGGUUGAAAACACGAAGAAAAUUUGAUCCUGAAUGUAGUUUCUCCGCACUGAAAGAGGAAAUGACAAGAGUUGAAAAAGGAAACACUUUUGAGUAUCUGAUGAAGGAUUUAAUUUUUCAGUACGUCAUCAUUGUGCAAUCUCUCUCACCGAAAGUGGCAUUUAUUAGUGGUUCUUCCAUAAAAAUAUUUGAUCUUAAUUCCUGGGAAUCAGAAUGAAAUCCAUGAAACCCCAAUGUUUUAUUGAUAAAAUUUUUGGAGCCUUGUUGCUGCAUUACUACCUUUUACGUUGAUCAUACUAGAGGACCAUUGAUCAGGUUAGGUAAUCAUCCUCUUGACAAAGUAGUGAGUAGCGAUAUGCUGGUGAUGAGCAUCCCAUCCCUGUUCUUCUCUUCUAUUUUUCAGAACUUGGAAUCCAUGUUUUCUGAUGCUUUAUCUUCUAUGAAGUUGCCCACAUAGUAAGCCUUUUUUUUUUUUUCCAUUUUUUUGGGUAUGGGGAGUUAGCUGAAUAGGGAUAGGCAGCACUGCCCUGCCAAAGGUGACCUUUAGCCAACCCAACCCUUAGACUCUGGCACUUCUGCAGCUUGAACUAGAGCUAAUCUUAGAGUAAACAACUUUUUUUGAUAAUCAUUUGUGCAUUUGAGUGUGUGGUGACAUCACCCCUUUAGUAGGCCAUUUGGAGAUAAACUUGCUAAAGAUUUCUUUAUAUUAUUUCAAGUAAGAAAGCGGAAGAACAGAUGAAAGUACAACUUUACUUAUGCGAGUUGAAGAUUGUUCGAAUUCCUCUGUUUUCUUGAUUAGGCUAUAGAAAGAAGGGGUUAUGUUAGGUGAUCUCAUCUUGGGGGGGGUGGAGAUGCAUAUAGUAUGACGAUAUGAGAAGGAUUGUUGAGGAAUAAUUCCUAGGAAUGGUAAUCAUCUUCUUUGUUUGGUGACCUGAGUUGAAGAUUGUUGCAUGUUUUUCUCUCUUCCAUAAGACUCUGAAUCCUCUGGGAUAUAACGAUUACUAGUUCAGUUUCAUAUGUUUAACUCUGAAGAAGACUGUCUGUGCUUGCUCUCAAUGAGAGGAGGGGAUCAUCUCUCUAACUAUACUUGGCGGUUUGAACUGGGCUACACGAGCUACAUGAGCUAGAGCUUAUGAACGACGGGAUCAAACUUGUUUUAUCUAAGUUUGAAAAUUAAUAAAGAGGAAUAUUAAUGUUUUUUUUUAUGUUUAGAUUUAAUACACUCUAUUUUCGUUCAAGUUAUAUCAUCUUUAUUUCCCAGGCAUGCAUGCGGGUCUUCCAAAGUAUGUUCCAGUUAACUUGAAGGACAUUGAGGCUGCUGGGUUUCAAGAAGGAGAUGAAGUAUCCCUGGAGUCCUUGAAAGCCAUCGGUUUGAUCAAUCCAUCUGGCAGAGAAAGAAAGCUUCCGUUGAAAGUAUGUGCACGUUCUAUAAACCCAUGAUUUUACAUCAUAAGUUUUGAAAGGUUUUGACAUCAAAUUAAUAAAGUGUAUUCAUAGUAUUCAUUUCUGUCAAAAAGAUUUUCUGGAUACUACCGAAUGUAAAUUGAUUUUCUUAAUUAUCUGGAUCACCAAAACCAUAAUUAAUCAUAUUGAGAUCGUUGAUCAAGAUGUCUUCUUGGACAUCGUAUUUUAUUUUAAGUGAUUCGGAUCAACUUUGAUAGUUUAAUCAUAAUUCUCGUGAGACAUGUUAUCAGUUCCGAAUUCACAAUAUCUGAUCCUAAAUGGACAUAUUUCAUUUGAUUAAUUCUCUACAGGAAAACCACGGAUUCCCUCUGGUUGGACCAUCUCCUUAGAUUUUUUUUUAAUAAAAAUAAUAUUGAAUGAGCUUCUUUCUUAGAGCUUUCUCAGCCAUCAGCCGACUGCCUUCUAUUCGUGGGUAUUGUGGAAUGCGGCUUCAUCAACCCCCCCCCCCCCCCUUCUUCAUGAAUUGCUUGCCAUGAUCACCUGUUUUCCUCUUGCUUUCAGAUCUUGGGGGAUGGAGAAUUCUCCUUGAAGCUGAACAUAAAAGCCCGGGCCUUCUCGGCAGCGGCAAAGGAGAAGCUCGAGGCGGCAGGCUGCUCUCUGACCGUCCUUCCAGGCCGGAAGAAGUGGGUGAAGCCCUCCGUUGCCAAGAACCUCGCCCGUGCGGAUGAGUACUUCGCCAAGAAGAGAGCAGCGGCUGCGGAGACAGAGGCAUCAGCUGCAGAAUGA